CUUUCACUUAAGUGAAGGAUCUGAAUACUUCUUCCACCACUGGCAGGCUGUAGGUCAGGUUCAGAUAGUUCACUCAGAGUUCAGACAGAAAGAUGGGACAUUUAUCAGCGCUCUGAGCUACAAUGGAGAUCUCACAGACAGCUACAGUAAGGAGGAGUUCCAAUGGGCUGCUGUAGCGCAACCAUAGACUGUGAACGCAACACGUAGAUAUGUAAACCUGUGAGUGUGCUGUGCUUCAGAGCAGACCACCAUGUUAAACUGGUGUGUAUGCUGCCUGUGUAUGCCCUACCCCCAGCUGGCUGUAUGUUCACACACACUGUGGGAGAGAAUAAAGGAAGUACAGUAAACUAUCUCUGCUGCCCGGCGCGUAACCCUGGCACAGCGAAGACGCAGGAAGCAACAAACCUUUGGUUUCCGACGUCUAUAUAAGCAGAGAACUUUUUCAUAUUUCCUCCUUUAGAUCUACAGUCAUUUUCUACCCGCAGGUUUUGUUGAACUUUAUCUACACCCCGACAAACCACUUCCAACAAAGAUCAUGGACCUGGGGCAAAAGCAGACUGCAGCCGCAGAGAAACUCAUGGCUUUAAUCUCAGGCUCACGGACACGACCAGUCGCCGAUAGCAACAGUGUUGUUACCGACAGAACAAUCACAAAUGUAAAGGGAAACAACUUCAACAUGGCGGUUAAUACAGAAAAGCUGGUGGAGAAGAUACGCAGGCAGAUUGCUCUGCACGUGGCGGCAGUGUGGCACAGUAGACGAGACACUGCCGGACUCUCAGGCCAAGAAACAUGGUGGCCACCCCAUUCACCUCCAGUCUCCAUUACAUCCAGGGCCCAGGGUUCCUCCAACUCUACUCAUCACAAGACCCGCUCCACAUUCCAUCAUCAUCCAUUACCAGAUCUUCAGCCAGCUCUCUUCCCCAUCACCAGUGUCUACUCAGGCUGUUUGCUAACUUAUAUUAAGAGGAAGACGCUCAAUAGGGUGUCCCUAUAAGCACCGUCAUCCAUGUAGGCCGGCUGGGGUUAUUGAGUGUCUUGCUUUUUAAAAUAGUUUUAGCAUUUACUGUUGUUUUUCUGGGGAUGUUAAUUAAGUUUUACUUCAUGCUAUUAAAUAUGGAACUAUGUUUACUAUGUUUAUUUGCAUGUGUUAUAUACACAAUUGCUUACACUUUCUCCAUGCAAUAUUUUUUCUUUUUCUUUUUUUUCUGACUCCUGUGAUCUCAUCAUCAAAUAUUGCAAUAUUAUGCAAUAAUCAUCAUCCAUUACCAGAUCUUCAGCCAGCUCUCUUUCCCAUCACCAGUGUCUACUCAGGCUGUUUGCUAACUUAUAUUAAGAGGAAGAUGCUCAAUAGGGUGUCCCUAUAAGAACUGUCAUCCAUGUAGGCCGGAUGGGUCAUAUCUGUCAUUUAGCAUACUGGAGAAGACUCAUUGUCCCCACAGGAAAGGUAACUGUUGUCUCUGCAUUUUGGGGAGCCACUCCCUGCUGGGCUAGACUUGAUUAGAACAAAGGAAAUGCAUAUCUGUAAACUUGAAUAGAAUCGGCAGUACCAUGAUAACCAACUUUUGUCUGUGACCUGGAGUAAACCUGAAAUCAGGUGUGUCCUUAACCUGAGAGACUUUUCAUUCAAGGAAAACACCCACAAUUCUACAGGAAUAUAAUGCGGAAACAGAGGGGAUUUCGGGACUGCGAGCCUGGGACCCGACAAGGGAACAAGGUUCUGCAGUCCGCUGUUUACAGUGUAUUGUUUUGUCAUGUCACAGGACUGCAAACUGUGACCCCACAAGGGGAAGCAUGUCUUGUAGUCCACUGCUGGCAGUGUUUCAUGUUUUAUUUUUGAUUGUUUUUGUCAUGUCGUUUUCAUCAUGCUGUUUUAUUAAACCUUUUGCUUAACUUUCAAUUCGACCCAAGUCUCUCCUUCCUCCUCAGAAAUCAAACGAUCGCGUAUUUUAAAAUUUCUUAACAGUGUCUUCCUUUUUUAAAUAGUUUUUGCAUUUACUGUUGUUUUUCUGCAGAUGUUAAUUAAGUGUAAGCAUCAUGCUAUUAAAUCUGGUUCUUUAGAAGAACUAAGUUUACUAUGUAUGUGUUUAUGUAUAUGUUCAUACAUGUAUUUGCAUGCGCUAUAUAUAAGUUUGCUUGCUUAUAUAGGUCUUUUUUCUCCAUGCAAUAUUUUUUCUUUUUCUCUUUUUAUGACUCCUGUGAUCUCAUCAUCAAAUUGCAAUAAAGGAACAUUAAUCAA